AUGUCUGACUGCAGGAGGCAGUGGAACCGGGAGAACGAGCUGCCGGUCUACCUGACAGGAACGAUUACAACCGGGCCGAACCAACGGAAAUCCUACGGGAUGUUUUCCUCGGCGGAUGGAGCCUGCGACAGCAAGACUGUAGACUGUGAUAAUUUUGCUGCGGGAAGGAGAGGAACCAAGACUCCCAGGAGCGUCAGCCGAGACAUUCUCCUCGACCACACGGAUGGCGACGUUCCUGAGACGGCAAGUGAGGUCCGGGCUGUCGGUUCUCAGGUCAGCUCACCCGGGGAGAGAGAGGAUGUGAGGCCGGGUGUGGAGAUUGAGUACCCGGCAGGGAGGCAGUGUCAGUCCGGUCAGAAGAAUGGAAAGAGUGAGAGGUUGCUGAUUAAAGGGGGUCGUGUGGUGAAUGACGACCUGUCUCAGUAUGCAGACGUCUAUGUGGAAGAUGGCCUUAUAAAACAGGUGGGUGAUAACCUGGAGGUACCUGAUGAUGUGAGGGUACUGGAGGUUAAUGGAUGUCUGGUGAUACCUGGAGGUAUAGAUGUGAACACCUGUCUAAUGAAGCCUCACCUGGGCAGUUCACCUGUAGACGACUUCUACCUGGGCAGCAGAGCCGCGCUGGCCGGGGGCACCACCAUGAUCAUUGACCAUGUGACUCCUCAGCCGGGUGAUAGCCUGCUGGAAGCGUUUGAGCGCUGGCAGGAGUCAGCUGACAGGAAGUGUUGCUGUGACUACUCGCUGCACGUCGACCUGCCGCACUGGCACCCGGGGGUCAAGGAUGAGCUGGAGGUUCUGGUGCAGGAGAAAGGGAUCAACUCAUUCCAGGUGUAUAUGUCCUAUAAGGAUUCGUUUCAGAUGACUGACUCUCAGUUGUAUGAGGUGUUCUCCUUCCUGAAGGAGUUGGGGGCUGUGGUGAUGCUGCAUGCUGAGAACGGAGACCUCAUUGCUCAG